AUCCGCUUCAUAGUGAUGAUCAGCCGCAAAUUUUGGAGAAUUUUUAACAAAACCGUUAAUUUGAGGUUGUUUUAAGUGGGAGCAUAAUUCAAAUCAGUUGAAGUCAUUGGUGACGCGAGGGUUUCGAUCCAUAAAACGACCGGUUAGACUUAUCCUGAAUGGACCUGAUAGCAUUGGCUUGCCCGCUGGUCUGAAAAGACAAUAGACUUAAGUCUGUACAUAGGAGUCUAUGCAUGUUACUUAUAUUAGCCUGGUAUGUCGUGCUGUGUCAGCGACAAAAAUAGCAGUAUGAAGUAUGACAACAUAUAUGUGCUACAUCUGCCACUCGAGACGCUUCGAAAGAAAUGCUACACCGUGUCGAACCUGAGCAGACGUCAAGACAUCCCCAAAAUUGUUUUUACGAAAAUGUUGCACAUCGUACCACAAACAACUUUUCGCCGACCGUGAUGAAAUUUGCCUGGGUGGGUUUUGUAUCGCUACAUCUCCUGUGUUUUCUGUACUUCGCGUUCGCCACCUGGUGCUAUUGGCAUUUACCGAAUACCCGUCUGGACGCAUGGCUAUCUAUGCUUUACAUUGGAAUGGGCACUGAUUAUCAUCAUACGACCGCGUUGCUGUUUGGAUCGGUGGCUAUCGUUCAUGCUUCCUAUAUUCUAUGGAUGAUAAUGUGGUCUUGCUGGAGAAGAAGUUUGGUUUUCUCCAUCAAUUUUAAGAUCAAGCUUUUAGGUCAGGUCGAAGGAAUCGGCGAAGGCUGGCGUGGUGUCGGACCAGUAAGGCAUGGAUUGUCAU